GCCGCGCGCGGGCCGUCAUGGCGGCGUUGCCGACAGAUUCCGGCUGGUGGCCUGCAGCGGGCGCCCGGUUUUUCUGCACCGCGGGCCGCGGCCUGGAGCCCUUCCUGAUGCGGGAGGUGCGGGCGCGGCUGGCGGCCACGCAGGUUGAAUAUAUUUCAGGAAAAGUUUUCUUCACCACCUGUUCUGAUUUAAAUAUGCUGAAAAAAUUAAAAUCUGCAGAAAGGUUAUUUUUGCUGAUUAAAAAGCAGUUUCCACUUAAUGUUUCUUCUGUAAGUAAAGGAAAAAUAUUUAACGAAAUGCAAAGACUUGUAAAUGAUGAUCCAGAAAGUUGGUUGAGUGCCAUUUCAAUUUGGAAAAAUCUUCUUGAACUUGAUGCAAAAGAGGACAAACUUUCUCAGAGAGAUGCUAACCCACUAAAAAGAAAAGUAGAAGAAAAUGACAUCAUCAAUCCUAAGAAAUUAAAAACAAAACAAAUGCAAGAGCUACAAGAGAGCAGGGAAUGCCAGCUGGAAAAGCAAAUGGAAGAAGCAACAGUGGAGCAGGGAGAUUUCCUCACUAAUAGAGAAAAAUCUCAAGAAGCAUUUCAGAAUGAUGUUGUGAAAGCAGUUGCUGCCCCAAACCAGAAGGACUUGACUUUCAGAGUUUCUUGUCGCUGCAGUGGAUCUAUGGCCAAGACCUUUACAGCACAGGAAGUAGGAAGAGUAAUUGGAAUUGCUCUUAAGAAACAGUUUGGAUGGAAAGCAGAUUUGAGGAAUCCAAAUUUAGAGAUUUUCAUACAUCUAAAUGACAUUUACUCUGUGGUUGGAAUCCCUGUAUUCAGAGUUCCUUUAGCCAGCAGAGCUUACAUCAAGACAGCAGGCCUGAGAUCUACCAUAGCCUGGGCAAUGGCCUCUCUCGCUGAAAUUAAGGACAUUAUGUUUCUUUCCAUUAGGUGCCCUCUGGCUCGGACUGAAACCUGGCUGUCCACUGAGCACUCUGCUUCCUCUGUAGACCUAUCAAGGGACCAUGGGCCUGGAGGGGCUGGUGCACUUGUCUUAGAUCCAAUGUGUGGACUUGGAACAAUACUUUUGGAAGCUGCUAAAGAAUGGCCAGAUGUGUAUUAUGUGGGUGCUGACGUCAGUGACUCACAGUUACUAGGUGCAUGUGAUAAUUUGAAAGCUGCAGGCCUUCAGGAUAAAAUUGAGUUACUUAAAGUCUCUGUUAUAGAAUUGCCACUGCCCUCGGAGAGUGUCGAUAUUAUUAUUUCUGACAUUCCAUUUGGGAAAAAGUUUAAGUUAGGGAAAGACAUCAAAAACAUUCUACAAGAAAUGGAGAGAGUGCUGCACGUCGGCGGAACCAUCGUGUUGUUGCUCAGUGAAGAUCACCACAGGCGCCUUCAAGAUUGUGAACCGGGCGGCAUCCCUCGGAAUUCCAAAGGCAGCCACACAGAUGAACCUGGAAUCGAAAAGUGCUUGAAUCCUGGAGGGAAGACUGACCUAUCAGACACAGUGUCAUCCUCAGCCGAAACCGGUGGCCAGGGGGAUUUAGACAAAAUGCCACCGUUUGGCUCUUUGGUGCCGGUGGACCACUACAGAGUGAGCCUAGGGAGGACAGGUGCAUUCAUAUGCAGGUACAGGAAGUCGCCCUCUUCGGGCCGCUAGCCAGCUUGCUGCUGUGAGCCGGUUCCAGUCGUCACAGGGCAGCUGCACAGCCCUGAAGGCGGUUGUCUCCGGAUCCUGGUAGGCCCCGCAGUCCCACAGAAGCAAACUCCCCUGAGGAUGGGAGGCGUGGCUGCUGGUCGCAGGUUCCCAGUAGAGUUCCGCUUUAUACCCUAAGGAGCUAAAUGUCGCCGACCAAGACCGAUGAAUGAAUAUUUAUACUAAAGGACUCUUAAACUUCGUAUUCCGUCAGAAGGUGAAAAGUUCUGCCCUGCCUGCACUGUUUCUGAGCAGACGCUGCAACUUGGAGCAAAGGUUUUCAGAGGUUCACGUAAAGUAUGUUGCAGUCAUCAGAAGGUUGGUGAUGUUUUCACCAUCAGAUUUUUCUUAAUGUAGAAACUUUUUUAUGUCUUCUUUUGAUACUAAAUUUGAUUUUUAAACAUGCAAUUUUCUUCUCCAUUGGAAUAAAAAUAAUUUUUAUUUGCAAUACCUUUUAUUUGUCUCAUGCGACAUGAAACAUUAAUGGGAAUAAUAACAGUAUCAAUCAAGCCAGUGUCCUCCAAUAUGAUAGAAAAU